AUGGCAGGAAUGUUCGAUCGAUUUCGGUUUGAUGCCAAGCGCAAACGCGACGAGAGCACACUGAAGGAUCUUCCAAACGUCGAGGACAUUGAUGAAGACGUAGAAACAAUUUGUGCCACGGGUUCUGCGAAGCGAGGCAAGACACACAUCAACGCUACUGAAUCGGCGCGUGAACAUUUUUCUCAAGAAAGUGGCAGCAGCUGUGGUAGUAGUAGUGGGAAAUGGCAAGAGCGCUGGCACGCCAUCUGCGACGACUGUUUUGAGCACAUGCAGCCGUGCGAGCACUAUCCCGAACACCGUCUUCGUUUGCUGAUUGUCGGUCAUAAUCCAUCCGAUCAUGCGUGGAAGACUGGGUAUUCCUACAGUAAUCCGACGAAUCGAAUGUGGAGGAUGCUGACGGGGACGCUGUUGCCACAAUUGGGACGCGGCAUUGUGCCGUCAACAGCAAAGAUUGCCGAGCAGAACGCCAUGCCUCUUGUCCAUGGUGUUGGCUUCACUUCCAUCGGUCUAAAGGCAGGAAACGACGCUUCAAAGUACGGCAAGGCAACAAUGGAAGCCUGGCGGAACAGUUUCUUCUUGCGUUUGCGCCGUCACGCUGCUCGAGUUUGCCUCUGCGAUCACAACGCUGCAACGGAUGCCGACGUCGAGCACCUAGAUGAUGGCGAAUUGACCAAGUGUCAGCUUGCUCACGCUCCUGUGCUUGUUGCGUUCUCUGGCAAGCGACAAUUCAGCUGGUUGUUCUCGCCACCGCUAGCCAAGAUUGAGAGCUACGGCAGACAAACGAGGUUCCCUCCCGGAUGGCCACAAGAACUUCGGGCUGACAGCGAAAUUUGGGUGCUUCCGAGCUCCAGUGGCCGAGCAGCAAUGACCACGGCACAGCGCGCGCUGCCUUACCAAGAACUAGCCGAGCGUGUGCAUCAAAUUUCGUGGUCACAUGGACUCUAA